CAAAAAGGCACAAGCAUGCCUCGUCUCUAGAGAGGCAGAGCGCGUCGCAGAGGCUUGGAGACACAGUUUUUUUUAUUUGUUUGUUUGUUUAUUUUUAUUUUUCUGAGAGGGGGAGCUGUGCAGCCGCUGCUGACGCAGGAGCGCAGGAGUUUGGGUCUAAACUUCACCCGCUGCAGGUCGACUGCCAUCUCCUCAGGAAUAUCCCCUGGGGAGAAACACACACACAUAAACACUAACACACACACACACACACACACACACACACACACACAGGCACGAUGCAGGAGUCGGAGCCCACAGUGUGCCAGCUGCAGCCCAACAUCAUCUCGGUGCGUCUUUUCAAGAGGAAGGUUGGUGGUCUGGGCUUCCUGGUGAAGCAGAGGGUGUCCAAGCCCCCCGUCAUCGUGUCCGAUCUGAUUCGUGGCGGCGCGGCGGAGGAGUGCGGCCUGGUGCAGGUGGGCGACAUCGUGCUGGCCGUCAACAACAAGCCCCUGGUCGACCUGUCGUACGAGCGGGCGCUGGAGACCCUGAAGAACGUGUCGCCCGAGAGCCACGCCGUGCUCAUCCUGCGCGGGCCCGAGGGCUACACCACCCACCUGGAGACCACUAUCACCCGGGACGGGCGCCAGCGCACGGUGAGGGUCACGCGGCCUGCCUUCCCACUCUCGAAGUCCUACGAGCAGUGGUCCCCUCUGAGCGCCCAGAGCCCGGGUCAGCAGCAGGUCACCAAGGAGUCCCAGCUCAGGGCCAUCGAGAACCUCUCCUCCCCUUCCAUCACCCACACCCUGCUGCAGAGGGGGGGCAUACAGGGCCAGGACGGGGGCCGCGGCGCCCUGCUGUGCAACGGGCUGGAGGAGAACAAUGACCUGCUGAGGGAGAUCGAACCGGUGCUGCGUCUGAUCAAGAACAGCAAGAAGGAGAUCAACGGAGAGGGCCAGCAGAACGGGGGGAGAAGAGACGCCGAGCUGCAAGUUGGAAGGGACUCCAAGCAGGAGCCGGAUAACGACAAAAUGCUGGACAAUAAAAUGGUGGCCGACCACAACGCUGACGCUGACAAGUCUCUGGCCCUGGACAAGACCUCACCCGUCAAGUCGGUGCAGAACGGCAGCCCCUCCAAAUGCCCCCGCUUCAUGAAGGUUAAGAACUGGGAGACUGGCACCAUCUACAACGAUGUUCUCCACCAUGGCUCCGGCAAGACAGCACUUUGCGGUGAAAACGUCUGCAUCGGCUCAGUCGUGGUCCCCAGCCUUCGCAAACCAGACGAGGUUCGAGGCAAAGAGGAGCUCCUGUCUCUGGCUACAGACUUCAUAGACCAGUACUACACCAACAUUAAAAGGAAUGGCUCCAAGGCUCAUGUGGACAGGCUGGAGGAGGUAACUAAGGAGAUUGAAGCUUCGGGAACUUAUCAGCUGAGAGACACCGAACUGAUUUAUGGAGCCAAACACGCCUGGAGGAACGCUGCCCGAUGUGUGGGAAGGAUUCAGUGGUCCAAACUACAGGUUUUUGAUGCCAGAGACUGCACAACAGCCCAUGGAAUGUACAACUACAUCUGCAACCACAUCAAGUAUGCCACCAACAAAGGCAACCUCAGGUCAGCUAUUACUAUAUUUCCACAAAGGACAGACGGGAGGCAUGAUUUUCGUGUGUGGAACAGUCAGCUGAUUCGUUACGCAGGUUACAAACAGCCUGACGGAAGCAUCCUUGGAGACCCUGCUAACGUAGAGUUCACAGAGAUCUGCAUGCAGCUUGGAUGGAAAGCUCCAAAGGGUCGAUUCGAUGUCCUUCCACUUCUCCUGCAAGCCAACGGUAAUGAUCCGGAGCUGUUUGAGAUCCCUGAAGACCUGGUUCUGGAGGUGCCAAUCACACAUCCGAAGUUUGAAUGGUUUAAAGACCUGGAACUGAAGUGGUACGGUCUCCCAGCGGUUUCCAACAUGCUGCUGGAGAUUGGUGGUCUGGAGUUCCCCGGAUGCCCCUUCAGCGGCUGGUACAUGGGCACCGAGAUCGGCGUGAGGGACUUCUGUGACACCUCGCGCUACAACAUUCUGGAGGAUGUUGCUGAAAAAAUGGGCUUGGACACCAGGAAGACGUCUUCCCUUUGGAAAGACCAGGCACUGGUGGAAAUUAAUAUUGCUGUUCUCUACAGCUUCCAGACCUGCAAAGUGACCAUAGUUGACCAUCACUCAGCCACGGAGUCCUUCAUGAAGCACAUGGAAAAUGAGUAUCGAGUGAGAGGAGGCUGCCCCGGAGACUGGGUGUGGAUUGUGCCUCCAAUGUCAGGGAGCAUCACGCCGGUUUUUCACCAGGAAAUGCUCAACUACCACCUCACUCCAUCCUUUGAGUACCAGCCCGAUCCUUGGAACACCCAUGUGUGGAAAGGAGUCAACGGGACACCGACAAAGAAAAGAGCCAUCGGAUUCAAGAAGCUUGCCAAGGCUGUAAAGUUCUCCGCAAAGCUCAUGGGCCAAGCCAUGGCCAAGAGGGUAAAAGCCACCAUACUGUUUGCUACAGAGACGGGCAAAUCCCAAGAAUACGCCAAGACUCUGUGUGAAAUCUUCAAGCAUGCGUUCGACGCCAAGGUCAUGUCCAUGGAUGAGUACGAUGUGGUGCACUUGGAGCACGAGACGCUGGUUUUAGUGGUGACCAGCACAUUUGGCAACGGAGACCCACCUGAAAACGGAGAGAAAUUUGGAGCUGCCUUAAUGGAAAUGCGCCACCCAACCUCCAACACAGAAGACAGAAAGAGCUACAAGGUCCGCUUCAACAGCGUGUCCUCGCACUCCGACACGCGCAAGUCCUCCAGCGAUGAGCCAGAGGCCAGGAUCAACUUUGAGAGCACUGGGCCUCUGGCUAACGUCAGGUUCUCAGUGUUUGGCCUUGGCUCCAGGGCCUACCCACACUUCUGCGCCUUUGCCCACGCCGUGGACACAUUAUUUGAAGAGCUGGGGGGUGAACGCAUCCUACGCAUGGGGGAGGGAGAUGAGCUGUGUGGCCAGGAGGAAUCGUUCAGAACAUGGGCCAAAAAAGUUUUUAAGGCCGCCUGCGAUGUGUUCUGUGUGGGCGACGACGUGAACAUCGAGAAGGCCAACAACUCCUUGAUCAGCAACGACCGCAGCUGGAAGAAAAGCAAGUUCCGCCUAACGUACACGGCUGAGGCUCCGGCCCUCACAGAAGCUUUAUACAAUAUUCACAAGAAGAAAGUUUUUGGAGCAAAGAUGAUAGAAUCCCAAAACUUACAAAGUCCCAAAUCCAAUCGCUCCACCAUAUUAGUGCGGCUCCACACAAACAACCACGACAGCCUGAGCUACAAGCCCGGCGACCAUCUGGGCAUCUUCCCUGGCAACCACGAGGACCUGGUAACGGCGCUCAUAGACAAACUGGAGGAUGCUUCACCUGUCAAUCAAAUCAUCAAAGUGGAGUUCCUGGAAGAGAGGAACACUGCCCUGGGAGUUAUCAGUAACUGGACAAAUGAGACUCGAAUCCCUCCCUGCACUAUUUAUCAAGCGUUCCAGUACUUCCUGGACAUCACCACGCCACCGACACCGGUGCUGCUGCAGCAGUUUGCCGCUCUGGCAACCGAUGAACAGCAGAAGAAGAAAUUAGAGCUCCUCAGCAAAGGCUUGCAGGAAUACGAGGAGUGGAAGUGGUACAACAAUCCCACACUGGUGGAGGUGCUGGAGGAGUUCCCUUCCAUCCAGAUGCCCUCAACGCUGCUGCUCACACAGCUGCCCCUGCUGCAGGCUCGCUAUUACUCCAUCAGCUCAUCUCCCGACCUGUACCCAGGAGAGAUCCACCUCACUGUGGCUGUGGUCUCUUACUGCACCAGAGGUGGAGGGGGACCUAUUCACCAUGGAGUGUGUUCAUCAUGGCUCAACAGGAUAGAAAAAGGGGAGAUGGUGCCGUGCUUUGUUCGAAGCGCACCAUCAUUCCAACUUCCCAAAGACAACAAAGCACCGUGUAUCUUGGUGGGUCCAGGAACCGGCAUCGCUCCGUUCAGAAGCUUCUGGCAACAGAGACUGUUUGACCUGGAGCAGAACGGGAUCAAGUCGUGCCCCAUGAUUCUGGUGUUCGGCUGUCGGCAGUCUGAGAUGGACCACAUAUACAAGGAGGAGACUGUCCAGGCCAGGAACAAAGAUGUGUUUUCUGAGCUCUAUGCGGCUUUUUCCAGAGAACCUGGAAAACCAAAGAAAUACGUUCAAGAUAUUAUGCGCGAGCACCUGUCAGAGAAGGUGUACCAGUGUCUGAGGAAGGAGGGCGGACACAUCUACGUGUGCGGGGACGUUACGAUGGCCGGAGACGUUCUGAAAACUGUGCAGCAGAUCGUCAAGCAGCAGGGCAACAUGACUCUGGAGGACGCUGGCUUCUACGUCAGCAAACUUCGAGAUGAGAACCGCUACCAUGAGGAUAUCUUUGGUGUCACUUUGCGCACCUAUGAGGUCACCAAUCGGAUACGCUCCGAAUCCAUCGCCUACAUUGAGGAGAACAAAAAAGACUCUGAUGAGGUUUUCUGCUCGUAGGUUGACGAAUCGAGGGCUUUCUGAAAACAACCGAUCUGAAGGAUUAAAGAAUACUGUGCCAAUUUUUGUACUGUAAAAAAAAAACUAAAUGAGUUUCUUUUUUAUACAACUUUAUUGUUUUUUGUUGGGCUCUGCAACUUUGUCUGUAGCAAGUUGGAAAUGUUUUGUUCUGAUUUUGUUUUGCUUGUCAAUGGAUUCUUCCAAAAUUGACAAAUUGAUCUUGAUGAUUCAUAAUGUGUGCACCUAGUGUAAUGACCUGCCUCAUUGUGAAUGCAUGACAAAAACAAGACUAUAAUCAAAAAAAUAUUAUAUACUCUGUGUUACUGUUACAGUUAAAAGGCUUUAUUGAGGUAUAUAUUUGCAAGGAAAUGUGUGGCAUUGAUAACAAACUGACAUUUCUGUAAUAAUGGGUCAACUUUACUUGUUGGGAGCGUACAGUACGGCGACCAGUAAAAUGCAUUUGGUUUUUGUAAUUAAAGGCGGUUGCAGUUCCAGGCAAAACUGGGGAAUAGAAAAAUGUACAGGCAUGCAGACAAGGAAAAAAACUGUUUUGCAAACAAAUUUAGCGUGUCAAGUCACCUCAAAUUGUGAAAAUAACAGUUUUGUCACAGCCUGAAUAAACACAUUAUCUAGCUCGCCAUCAGCCUCGGUGCAAGUGCUCUUUAGUGGCCCGUUGGUUCUGUUAUAACAUCAUAAACUCCCGUCUCUCCACUGGUGAGUCCUUAAAUACGUUUAUAUCAGUAAAAAUAAAUAAAUAAAUAAAUCUCGGCGCAUCUAAGUAUCAGUAUGGUGUGGUACAAUGUUUUGUCAAAUUAUAUACAGUAGUAUUGGUCGAGGGACGAUGUUUUACAGGGGAAUCUUAUCUGAUUGAAUCGGUAGUAAAUUGAAAAUUGUCAAAAAAAAUUUAAGCGUUGCACUAAAUGUCUUCAAACUUUCACUGCUGCAUUUUUUUCUGUCACUGUAGAAAUGUGGCAGAUUUAUGUUUUGCUAGUUUGUUUUAUAUGCAGCAGAAGCAGAAAAAUGCUAACGGUCAUAGACCUUUGAGGUCAGAGCAUUUUAACAAACAAAACAAGGUUCCCCAAAAGUAUAGUAUAUUAUAUUGGUUGAUGUAAAGAGUAUAGGCUGUAUUUUUGCCUUUCCACUUUUUAUUUUCUAAAUUAUCUUUAAUUGCUGUGUUAGCUUUAAUGAUCAAAAAUACUUCCUUUAAUUCUAGCAACACAACUUCCUGUUUAGGUUUAGGCAUCAAAGGUAUAGUAAGUUCAUGUUUUUCAAAACAAAAAAUAAAUUAUAAAAUAACAGUUGGCCACUUUACAAUAGUUAUUUUAAAGUUGAGACAAUCCUGCAGAAACAGGUGUUUAAGUUAAGUAUUUAAAAUGUAUUAAAUCUAAAAUUGGCUGAAAUUGGAACCAACCUACCUGGCUUUAUCCAAUUGUAACUCUUUAAAAAUCUAACACAUUUUAUGUUGACACUAAAAAGUAAUUACAUAAAGUAAACUAGUUGCUUUAUGGAAAAUUACGUCGACACCAAGAAGUGAUGGAGACACCAAACCUUUUAGCUACAUAAUAAACACUUGUUUAUUUUUUACAUUUUAUUUGUGACCCAUCAUAUCGAAAUGAGGAUUAAGUCAAAUUUGGUCAAAAUGAC